AUGGAAGCAAUUACUCCACCUAUCUCUGCAAGGCUUAGAAGUGCUAAUGGACGUCAAGCAUUUGAUAAAGCAGAUAUCAAAUUAACUACUAUCCCACUGAGACCAAAGGACCGUAAAUCCGUUGUUCAUAGAAAUCAGAUGAAGGAGAAUGGUACAUAUCAUAAUAAUAUAAUAGUCGAAAGUAAUGGGGUGUCCGAUGUAUUAAACAACCAUCAUACGGCCGAUGACCCACAGAAUGUAACAGAAAAUACGAUCUCAGAAACUCCUGUUCCGCAACCCAUGACAAGCUCACGUUUUUGUAGUACUAUGUAG